UUUGGAUUCACUUUAUUGGAUUGGAACAAACCGAUCCAUACAAACAAACACCCGUCCGAGCAAACCCUAGGAAAGGAAAGGGAAAGACGAUGGUUGAUCCAAAUCGAAUUCCGUCUAAACCUACACCGAUUAGCGAUGAAGUCAAAUGUGUGAAAAUUAUUGGUCCACUGAUAAACGGUAAACCAGUUCAAUUCGGUUCUGCAAAGGUACAACAUAGGUUUCGUGCAAAAGAAUUACUCAAGAUUAUCGGUGAUGAAGAUGAAGUCAUAACGUCCAUUCACACUACCUCAAAAGCCGAAAUCAGGAUUCUAGAACAUGCCCCAGCCAAGAAAGAUGGUCAGUUAUAUAUCCAAAUUCUGGGUAGUGAUCUCCAAGUCCAAAUUGCUGAAUUCCUCAUUAAGGAAGCAAUCAAAGAGGGAUAUACAGAGCCAUUAAUCCCUACACCUUUAAUGCCAACACCUAUUUUUAAACUUGCCAUAAACAUUGAGUUAGACCAAGUUGAACCUUUCAUGGGCACCAAUGGCAUCAAUAUUUUGAAGAUUGAAUCAGAAUCCAAGACAUGGAUAGAGGUGGAUACAUUGGAGAGAAAGGUCAAGGUAUAUGGUCAAAAGGAGGAGGAUAUUUUUAAGGCCAAGUUGAUGAUUAAUGAUCAGCUUGGUCAGGUGAAUAAGGAACUUAAAGUGAGAAGUAAUGGGGCUGCUAAAGAAGUUGGAUCUAGUGAACAGUUGGGGAAGAUGGAUAUUGAUUCUGGAAUUGAAGAAAGUAGUGAACAGUUGGGGAAGAUGAAUAUUGAUUCUGGAAUUGAAGAAAGUGAUGAUGAUUCUGGUACCAGCACAAAAAAAAAAAUAGCCUGAUGUGUAGCUAAAUAACAGAUUCUGGUGGUGAUGAUUCUGUAACUAAAAAAGUAGAAUUGUUUUUUUUUAACUGUUUUAUCACUUUUUAGGAUUAAUAAUUGAAGGGAGUUUAAAGAACAAAGGGUAUGUAAUAUUAUUUGUCUUGUUAGUUUAUUAUCUUGUUUCAGCUUUUUCUGAGUAA